AUGUCUGGACCUGAUAGUUCCAGAUGUUAUGAACACACUGUCUCGUUUAGAUCACCAGUUUCCCAACGAUCCCAAUCUCCACAACCUUAUCCUAAUCAGUAUUUCAAUGACCAUGCACAAUACCACUAUUCGAAUCCCGGUAGAACUCUUACUCGUGUUGAAAACAAGCGUGCCAAGCUGAUGUUAAAUUUAGGAAAAUAUCGUGUAUGUCUAGAUAAAGGAGAUGCUAUAGCUUUGGCUUCACCAGUUACCAAUGUCUCUACAGUUUACAAUAAUACUGCUACAAAACCUAACCAUAAUUCACCAAAUACUAGCUAUAUAUCAAUGUCUACCCAAACAGCUCCUGUUUCCCAACUUAACAAAGUAGUAGAUCAAGUAUCAUGUGAUUUAGACCUCACAGCACAAUCUACAUUAAACGUCAAUCCCCAACUCGCACCAAGACCGCCACCGCCACCUCAACCUAAAUCUUCCACAUCAAAACCAAUCUCACCGCUCAAACCUAUAUUACGUCGUUCAAGUCGCAUUCCUAAGCCUGUUGUUCGCUUUGAUCCUUCAGCCUGCUAA